CAACAUCAACAGAAGUCCAUCAGCCGCUUUACCGCAUCUCUAGUGACACUGAGGCUCUCCACCGUCCGCCGCUGCGUCUGACUCCGGCUGGGCAUCGAGAGGUGAGGAUACGCGCAAAAAUGCAAUGACAGCGGAGCGCCUUUAGCCGCAAAGACAAGAGGAGAUAGACUGGGGAGAAACGGGGAGCGUCGCAGCAGCUACAGUGGUCUUCGGAGCUGCGCAUUAAGAAGCGGGGGUUGGCCAUGGUGGGACGGGGAUUGUGGGUAUGCAAGCCCCGGUUUGGAAAGAGGGGGAACAGGCUCGGGAUUUUGCCUUUCCUGUGCGCGGUGGUAACGUGCGCCGCGCUGCUGGCUCUGCUCUUUGUGGACUUCAUCGAGUCGUGGGUCACCUCCAUGAGCUUGAACUCGGUGGUGGAGCCGCACGCCGGCGUCAUCCCUCCGCAAAGCGUCCCUCCAACCAGACCCGAGGAGUUCCUGCUCAUGCCCAGCCCGCUCGUGUGCCAGCGUGCCAAGCCUUACCUCAUCACCAUGGUUACCUCUGCUCCUGCCAAUCAGAGGGCCCGUCAAGCCAUCAGGGAUACCUGGGGAGGGGAGGUGGAGGUGAGGGGCCUGCGGGUCAUGACUCUUUUUAUGGUGGGUGUGGCUUCUGACCCCGGAUUGGCCAAGCUGCUGAUAGAAGAAGCCCGGGAGAGAGGAGACCUGAUACAGGGGCGUUUUCUGGACAGCUACUCCAACCUCACUCUGAAGACCCUGUCCAUGCUGGGCUGGGCCCGUCGGUUCUGCCCCCAAGCUCACUUCAUGGCCAAAGUGGACGAUGAUGUCCUGUUCAACCCCAGCGCCCUGCUCCACUUCCUGAACAAGAGUAGGAACCCCUAUGAGCAAGGAGACUUGUAUCUUGGCAGGGUGCAUCUCCAUGUGGCUCCGGACCGUGAUCCGGACAGCAAGCACUACCUCCCCUCAGGGGCUUACCCUGCCUCAGUCUUUCCAGACUAUUGCAGUGGUACUGCCUAUGUCCUGUCCCGCUCUGCAUUGCUCAAAAUUUCCCUGGCAGCCUCUGCAUCACCUUUAUCCACACCUCUGCCUCCUGAGGAUGUAUUUGUGGGUCUGUGUGCACGGACAGCUGGAGUGCUGCCCUCACACUGCCCUCUCUUCUCUGGUGGUCCGGCUGUGCCAUACGGACGCUGCUGCUAUCAGGCCAUGGUGUCCAUCCAUCGCAUCCCACCCAGAGAGAUGCUGCACUACUGGGCCGAGGUCCAUUCGUCAGCCCCUUGCUCCUGGCUGAGUCUGCGGGCUUCCCUGGGGGUGUGCAAGGUCAGGGCCAUGCUGGGCUCAGCUCUGGGGCUGGAGCAAGGAUUGUGAGGGUUAACAGGAUGCCAAAGUAGACUUUUUGGGGCUGUGCCUUGCUUCAGUACUGUGAACAGCACAAGUGCUCUUCAGGCUGUGCAGCUUCACUAUGUGCACUGAGAAAAUGUCACUUUAUUUUUUUAUAGCUUUAUUUUUUUAAACACUUCAAUGUAUUCAACUGG